CCGCCUUACCGCCACCACCACAAAGACACGCUUCCUCCAGUGUCACUCCUGAAGAAGGCACCAACAACUACUAAAGGAGUAACACCAGGGGCAGGAGACGCAAGAGGCACAUAAUGAGGGUGACAUCCUUGGCUGCUGCAGGGCUGGUGGUGAUAGCGAUGGCAGCGCAAGGAGUGACAGGGGUUGGGUUGGCCGUGGAUGCCCUCCUUGCCUUGCCCCAGACGAUAGUUCUCAAGGGCGGCCUGAUUGCGCUCAUUGUGGUACUCAAAAUCCUGAAGAAGGUGAAAGACGCCCGGGAGCAAGAGAAGACCCACAUGAUGCACGCUCACCACGCCCCUAACAUGCCGUAUGCCCUUCGCCACAUGUACAAACGCUCCCUCGCCACCGCCACCCCUGAAGACAACCUGACGGAGACACUGACGGAGGGCGAGGAAAUGGAGGAGGUCUUGGAGGCGGCUGUGGUGAGGUUGAUAGAGCGCUUGGAUGAUGACGGCUGCCUUGUGAAACUCCUGUGCCACCUUCAGGAUAAACCACAAGACACUCUCUCUCCUGAAGAGGGGCAGCUAGCGAAUCUCUUCCCGACAGAUGUGCAGGGAUGUAGAGAAGCGUUCGGCAGGUGUGGGAUGGAAGAGGUGCAGCUGGUGGAGGCCUUCAGAUACACGUGGCAGCUGCAGGAGACCGUGUAGUGCUGCUGACGAAGAGAUUGUUGUCCUGUGUUGAUUCUGGUUGUCUCUCCUUCCGUUUUCUCUCGUUCUCUUCCCGUUUUCUUUUUCAAGGGGAAGGAGAGAGUUAUGUAUGUAUGUGUGUAUGUGUGUGUGUAUGUGUGUACGUGUGUAUGUAUGUGCUAGCAGUGAAACUUUCUCCAUGCAUGUUCUGUUUGUCCUAUAUUAGAGUGACGUAUUGUAAUGAAUGAAGGGGAAGGAAAUCUCUCUCUCUCUCUCUCUCUCUCUCAUCGCAUCCAUAACUUCAGCUCUCUCAUAAUUGUUAAUCUCUUGUUUUUACUUCACGUAUUAUUGUUUUUCUUAAGUUGAUGUUGCUUACAGAAUUGUUAUAGAUAGUCUUUUUUGUAUCAAAUUUUCUUAAUGUUAUGCUCAAAGAUUACACUCACUAUAGAAACAUUAGUACUUUUUUUUUUCUCUCUCUACAUGUAAACUUAUGCACAAUUUUUUUUUUUUUUUCCUUUUCUUUAUAUAAACGUCUGUACAAUUGUCUCCCUUUCUUUAACUCCUUCAGUACUGGGACGCAUUUUUUACCAUGAAUUUUAGGUGUGGUUAGACGGUUUUAGUUACAUAAGAAAGGGUUUAUGGAGCUCAGAAGAUUAAUGGCCACAGUCUUCACUAUUUUAAUCCCCCGACAAGUUUCUGAAUCUGUAUCAAAUCGCUAAAUAGUAAGCAUAAUAAACAUGUAAACGUGUCAAGGUACUGAAGGGGUUAAAUAUAUAAUCUCUUUCAUUUUGUUCUAUAUUUACAUUGUUGUACUUUAUUUUCUCAAUUGUGUCGUACGUUCCGUUGUAAUUAUCGUACGCCAUUCUCUCAUGUUGAUCAAGUU